AUGUUUUCAAACAAACAGAUUUUUGUCUAUGACAUAAAAGAUUUUAAUUUUAUUGUUAAAUCAUGUGAGGAAAAUGAAUCUUCAUUUGAUAAUAUUUUGCGGCAAACAUGGAAACAAGCUGAACAAAAUAAAAUAUUCCGAUAUAUUUUAAAUAUAAAAGAUAGUAAAAUAUUGAAGGGAAAAUACAAAUUUUUAGCACAGUUAAAUCCAGAUAGAACUCAAUAUAGACGUGCUCCAGAAUCAAUCACGUCUAUGGUACAAUCUUUUAAUUCUACACGUUUUAAUUUCACUAAACUAACACAGCAAGAGAUAUUAUUUGAUAUAGGAAAUGGCGACACAAAUGACAUAAUUGCAAUUAAUUCCAGUCCUUUGGAACAGAGUCAUUGUUUAUUUCUUGCAGAACGUUUAAAAUGUUUGCCACAAAUCAUGACAGAAUAUAGUCUUUGCAAAGUAAUAGAAUUAUGUCUGUUAAGUAAUUCAUGGUCUUUAAGAGCUUUUUUUAAUGGUUUGUGUGCUCUUUCUUCUGUUAAUCAUUUACACUGGCAUUUAUAUUAUUUGAAAUACGAGAUGCUUCUUGAAUAUAUCGAUAUUUGCAAUUAUGUAUCUGGUGUACACUUAUUGAUAGAGUAUCCAGCAAAAGGAUUCUGUCUCAAAUUAUCUGAUUUUAAAAAUAUUGAAGAUUUUGUAUCUCGUGCAUUCGUUGUAGUAAAUUAUUUACAAUUACGUCAAAUGGCACAUAAUGUUUAUAUUACACGAGCAAAAUCAAAAUCUAAUGAUGAAUUGUAUAAUGAUGUACGUAUUUAUAUUUGGGUUCGAAAACCAUUUACUGGUGUAAAAAACAUAACUGCAAUUUUACCUGGAGUUUGCGAACUCUUUGGACAUUUAACAAUUAGUGAUGAAACUGUAUACAAUAAUUUGACACAGGAUGAUAUAAUUAAUCUUCUUCACGAUAUUACGGAAGAAUGUUUUUUAUUAAUCAAAGAUGAGCUUAAAAAUAUUUUGGAAAAAUAA